AUGCAAAAAUGGCGAAACAUUGCUAAUUCUUAUAAAGAUUUAAAUGUAUCUGUUUGGGAGGCUAAUUCGAUGUUUGUGGAUCAAAUGCUUUCACUGAAAACAUUAGCUUUGCAGACUUGCGUCUGGACGUUAAUUUGCAUGACAGCAGUAUGCGGCUUAUUCAUCCAGAAUCCAUUCAGUGUGAUUAUCGCAUCUCUCACCAUUGCAUCCAUAAGUUUCGGCGUGAUUGGAUUCUUGUCCUGGUGGCAUUUGGAUCUUGACCCAGCAACGCUUUGCGCCAUACUGAUGUGUAUUGGGAUGUCAGUAGACUUUACCGCCCAUGUAUCCUAUCAUCAUCAGCUCGGAGAGAAGAAAACAAUCAAAGGAAUAAGAAUAACAAAAUCACGGUUGGAGAACAACAAGGCACGCUUAGAAUACACGUUGGAAAGUGUGGCAUGGCCAACAUUGCAAGGUGGAAUCAGUACGGUUGCUUGCAUUAUACCGUUAGCAUUUUUAGAGAAUUAUAUUCCACUGGUAUUUGUGAAAACGAUAUCACUGGUGGUAAUUUGGGGUUUGUUUCAUGGUCUUGUACUACUGCCAACAUUCCUGUCAUUAAUACCUCAGUUCUUAUUGGAAUUUAAUUGUUAUCGGGCAAUUUUCGGAAAGCACCUAUUUGGUGCCACCGCUGGUAUCGAUGCAUAUAGUAGCAGUGGCAGUACCUGUGAUGCUGGUGGUGGCAGUGGUAGCAGAAAAGAAGAGGAUAAGGUUGUUCAUGAUAAAGAUAGACAUAUGAAUGCCACUGAACUACGGAUACUACGGACUAACGAACAAUUGUCUAUUAUGACAGAAGCAUGA